AUGCAUUUUAUAGAAUGCAUUCCCUCGUGUUGAUCGUGGUAUUUGGUUCACUUUUUGGCAUCAUUAACACUGACAAAGUGUCACCCCGGCCCAGCCUGAAAUCCUUCAGAGACGACUAUGACAGUGUCGCUAAAACGUGUGUGGCUGUUGGAUAUGUUAAGGAUCACUGUAAAAAUAGCCGGGACAGAAAAAAUAUGGUAAUAGCAUUCAACGCCAACGCCAACGGAAGUGUUCAGUCAGUAAGUCAGGGUAAUAUUGUCAUGUUUGGUGAAGUAGAUUUGAAUAUAGGAGGUGGAUACAUCCCUGUUAAAGGAAUUUUCACCGCCCUAAAAUCGGGAGUUUACGUCUUCGAUUGGACAACAAUGACGGACGCCAACAGUCCGGCCUAUACCUCACUGGUUUUGAAAGGUAAAAGAAGGGCACAUAACCACUGUCACAACAACAGCCACAGUAUAUACAUGUCUUGCAGCAAAAUGGUUGUAGUAAGAAUGGAGGCAGGAGAUAAGGCUUGGAUAGAUAGCUUUGCUGGAACAUCAUCUGUUUUCAACCAAAAUUCUUCCUUUUCUGGUUUCAUUUUGUGA